GGCCCAAGUGCUUUUUGUUUUGGGAAAACACCUGAAGGUGAGCUCGGUGGGGCCGGGCCCUUUGCCUUCCGAUGAGCUAGUGACGUAUAAAAUGAGGGACGAAGCCCGGAAACCUUAUCAAGUAGAACCAUUGAUGUUCAGAUUGGUAUCGUGGUAUUAAUUCAGAUUCAGUGAGGCGUUCAAUUGAGAAUUCAUCGCCAAAAGAACCAAACGAAUACCCUCAACAUGGCGACAACUGAACAGAAGCCCAAGGUGAAGCUCUACUGGCUGGAGCAAUCGAGAGCCCAGAACAUCCUGUGGCUCCUUGAGGAGCUCAAGAUUGACUAUGAAAUCGAAGUGUUCCACAGGAAUAAGCAGACCCUCUUGGCGCCUCCCGAGCUGGCAAAGGUUCACCCUCUGGGCAAGUCGCCCGUGAUUGAGAUUUUCCCGACCGGCUCUGGCGAGUCCAUCAAGCUGGCCGAGAGUGGCUACAUGACGCAGUACCUGUGCGAGCACUUUGGCCAGAACACCAACCUCAUCCCCAAGAAGUGGAAGGACGGGCAGGAAGGCAAGAUUGGCGGCGAGACUGAGGAGUACUCGAGGUGCCAGUACCUGCUUCACUACAUUGAGGGCAGUCUGCUGCCGGUCCUCACCAUGUCUCUGGUCAUUGGAGCCCUGAAAUCCGACAAUGUGCCCUUCCUCGUCCGGCCCAUCACGUCGGUGGUGGCAAACCGGAUCUACAGCAUGGUGAUCUUCCCCAACGCCAAGAAGCACAUGGCCAUGAUUGACCAGAUGCUCGAGACGUCGCCCAACGGCGGCAAGUACAUUUGCGGCGAGCACCUCUCGGCCGCCGACAUCCUCCUCAGCUUUGCGCUCAUCGCGGCGCAGCCCCGCUUCGACGGUCUGGGGAGCUGGCCCGGCGGUUCUGCCAAGGCGGCGCACCCCCGUGUGUUUGAGUACAUUGAGAGGCUCAAGAAAGAGCCCGGCUACGAGAGAUCGGCGCAGAAGAUUCGCGAGAUUGACGGCAAGUUUGAGGCCACAAUCUCCAAGAUGUAAAACGUGACGUUUGAUGAAUUGGGUUCGGGAACUAGAGAGAUAUACC